AACAUAAACGAUUUUAAUUUUAUGUCUAAGCGGAAUGGAUAUCCUUAAUGUUCGCUCUUACGGAUAAAACAUCCGUCACGCCACCGCGUACAAAGAAACCGUACAGUAAAGAAAAUAUCUUUAAUCGUCGACCGUCGUACAACUACAUGUCUACAUGUUCGCGACAUCGCUAUCAUAUAAUUUAUUUUAUCUUAUCAGCCGUCGAUUAUUGUCAUAGACCAUAGUCAUCGUCGUCGUCGUCGUCGUCGUGCGAGUAGCAUGUGUCGAAUGUCGAUGGUGGUGGCGGUGUCGGUGGUCUCUGAUUUGUAUCGCAAAUCACAACCUCACCACAUAGCGUCCAGCGCGCAACGGCGCAACACUUCGAUUGUUUCUGUUCGUCGCCGCGAUUACUGAACGUUAUACAACAAUUUCAAUAAUUUAGUGAUCGGUUAUAAUAAAAUUGUGAUUUCUUUUCAUAGUCGAUUUAUUACCCUUGUCGAGUAUCUCUCGAUUCUUCCGCGCCCCCUUCGCUGUUAAUUUCGCACACCGUUUGUCGGACGAGCAUCGGAGACAGUCCACGCGGAAAACACAACGUCUUGAUGGACGAUUCGCGUCCGACGGUGCGUUAUUGUGUCGGUUGAUAUUUAACAAUUAAUUUAAUUAUCUAUCACCAUUCACCACUCACCAGUGCGAUCGUACACCCAACCAACGGCGGCGAAAGUAAAUUGCUUUACGAAAUUUGCAUAGUGUUAAAAUGUCACCACAACAUAGCAAUAUAAUUUGCAAUGUACAAAAUAAAAGUGCAGAUCCAAUGGACAUCAAGUUCAAUGGUUAUGAAUACCAUAUGAUCAGGAAGUUUACUUCCAUGUGUUAUGGUAGUAGAUGUAAUCUCAUUGACAGGAUAAAAAUACGCAACAAGAUAAGUGUAUGGCAUGAAAUAUUGACAUACUUAUUAUCACCUGAUGGCGUUCUCAAAAUUUAUAAGGUUGAAUGUACACCAGGUGAGAAUAACGACUUCAUGACAUCUGACUCGCCACCAAAUUAUGUGAUAAAACGAAAAUUAAAAGCUGUGAUACGGGGUAAUGAGGGUCAUAUAGUGAGCUCAAAUGUUCCAUUAAAUUUAGGUAAUCCAUUAUUAGAUGGUCCAAGUUACAUAGAAGAAACUAUAGAAAAUUAUCCACUACGAUUACUGACAUUUUUGAAAAUUGAAUUAAAUCAGUAUCGCAGAUCAUUGAAUAUUCCUUAUUGCACUCCAUUAUCAAGGUAUCUACAAAGAUAUAAUAUUGUUGAAAUGUAUUUGGACAAUAUUCUAAAAAGUAUAGAUGACAGCAAGCUUCCACCUGAGAUUUUUUUAUGUCAGAAUGUUAAAGUUUUAUCUCUCAAACACAAUCAUUUACGGCAAAUACCAAGUGCGAUUGGCCGACUAUCUAAGCUUGAAGUGCUUAUACUCACUGACAACUUAUUAACUGUCCAAUCAAUUCCUUUUACUCUUAAGUUUUGUGUGAAUCUAAAGGAGCUAUAUGUUGAUGAUAACCAACUUGAAGCAUUACCUGGAUUUUUAACAAGCAUGAAUCAUUUAGAAUUAGUUUAUAGACUGGGAAAUCGAAAUUACUUUAAGUCAUUUUUUUUGUGGUAUCACACUGAUUAUGAUCAUAGAGCUCGUAAAGAGAUUUGGAAAAAUUAUUGGAUAAGAGGAGGAAUAGGUUCAAGACCAGCUGUUUCAUCCCUUUUAGACAUUUGUGUUGAGCAAAUAUUUUCAAGUGGAAUUAAUUUUUUUAAUGAAGAAAUUCCAGAAUCCUUAAAACAUUAUAUGUCUUUGACUUACCUUAAUUACAAUAUAUGUAACUUCUGUAAUAUUGCAACUGACUGUUCAAAACCAGGUUAUAGUACAGUAACAUUUUUAACUCCUUAUCUGGGAAAUACUUGUGUUCCAUUUCAACAUUGGGCCUGUUCAAAAGAAUGUGUUCUUGCUAUUGAAGGACCUGCAAAAAAAUUACAACUUGCAGGAGCAGAGAGACUGGACCAUGAAUAUUCUCAUUACAUAGCAACUUCCAAUAAAACUGCUGAAAAAUCUAAUAAGAAACUAAAGCAUAAUCGAUGUUGUAUAAGUUAAAUUAUUUAGUUAUUUGACAUGUUCAUAAAUAACAAAUAUGCACUUUGUUAAUUAUUUGUAUGAGACUGAUUUAUAUUUUUAACAUUUUAAUUGUGAUAGAGUGGCCAUUACGGUCACCAGCUAUUAAAAAUAUAAUCCAUUAAACAAACUUGAUUGUAAAUAUUUGUUAGGUAAGGUAAAUAAAAUUUGAUAUUUUUAAAGUUACUUUAAGUAGAUUGAUUUU